AAAAGGACUAUCAACGAGAUAGGUGGUGACAAACUGUGAGGAAGACAGAGAGAAGCAAACUCAUUGAGACAUUCCGAGACAACAGAUCAUCCGGAAAAUAGCUACUCUCACUUCAAGCUACUACAGUUGGAAUGCAAAGUAAGUUUCUAACUCUUCUCUGUGGAGUCUUGCUGGCUUCAACAUGGUGGUCUGCUGGCGUCACGGCGGUGGGAACUACAGAUGUGGUGUACACGACAGUGGAGGUUACAAACGCAGGGACCACCAUAGAAGUGACUACAGUUGACACAGAUUUAACUACCGGGUCCACGACGACAGAAGCUAUAAGCACGACGCAGGCGUUUUCAACCGGUGCCACCACGACUGCUUCAACUGCAGAGGCCACGUGGUCAACGACGGCAAGUGCUGCGGCCACGACGGUAGAAACUUCAUCUGCUGUCACACCGACGGCAGAUGAAAGCACGACCGUAGGGUCAACUACAGGGGCCGGGACGAAUGCGCCAACAGGUUCAACUGCAGGAGUUACAACCGUUACGGCAGCAGGCUCAACAGUUGGGACCACGUCAGCGGAAACCACGAAGAGUGACGCCUCAACUGCAGCGGACACGGUGUCAGCUUCAACCGGUGUAGGUGCAAGUACGGCCAGAGUUACAACUGCAGAGGCCACUGUGUCAGUUUCAACCAAUGCAGGUGCAAGCACGGCUAGAGUUACAACUGUAGAGGCCACGAGGACAGCUUCAACCGAUGCAGGUGAAAGCACGGCCAGAGUUACAACUGUAGAUGCUACAACAGCCGAAGCCACAACGACGAAAACCGCGGCAAUAGAUUCAACUGCAACGACCUCCAAGGGGGCAGCUUCAACUGCCGGGCCCACGGUGGUGGUAAUUUCAACAGCAGGGACCACGCAGGCAGCAGCCACAAGCAGCACAAGGUCGGCAGCUUCAACUGCGGUUACAGGGUUGACAGGAGCUACAAACGCGGGGGCUACUACGGCAAUAACGACAGGGGUGACGACUGAGUCGUCUGCAGGAGAUACCACACCGGCUGCUGGAGAUGCCACAACAGCAGUCAUUACCGAAAGGGCCACAAAGGCAGAGGCCUCGAGUGUUGUUGCCGCGACAACUGCAACCACGAUGGCAGCAGGCGUAACGACGGCGGCAGAUUCCACUGCCCGCGCCACAACGGAGUCCAGAACCAUGGAGGUCACAACAGCUGUUGCCGGAGGGACUACAACGGCAGCAGAAACGACUGAAGCCGUGGACGCGUGCAUCACUGGCAGCCAUGACUGUCAUGAGCAAGCAGCUUGCUCGAACAGUGGUGUUGGCUUUUCCUGCGUCUGCAACAGAGGGUACGAGGGCAAUGGGACGUACUGUCAAGACCUAAAUGAAUGCCAGACUGGAAUCAGCGGAUGUUCAGACAUCUGCAACAAUACAGUUGGAUCUUUUGUCUGCGACUGCCCGGCCUUUUUCAAGCUUGAUGUCACAGACAGUAAGACUUGUGUUGCCGCCCGCUCCUGUGACACCUCCAACCCCUGCUCUCCCUCUGACGUCUCAACAUGUGCAGUGACGGACUCCGGCUAUACAUGUGGCUGUAACUCAGGUUACAAACUGGCGGAAGGAAGUGAAACACUUUGUGUCAAUGUUGAUGAAUGUGCUACGGGCGAGAACAACUGCGAUCCCACCCUGGGGAUGUGUACCGAUAUUGCAGGCAGCUUCAACUGUUCCUGUAAGGCCGGGUACACAGGGGCAGGGACUGUUGGCAUGUGCUCAGAUGUGGACGAGUGUACUGCCGGUACAGCAGUGUGUGACACAAACGCUGACUGUGUCAACACUGUGGGUGCGUACACAUGCAGCUGUCAAACUGGGUACAAGAGCAUCGCUACCAACGGGACAGGAUUCCCCGGAGAGUGCAAAGAAAACCGUCUGCUGCCGUUUGGGCAAAGUGUCGGCCACUCUGAGCUGACCGGAAGCCCCACGAGCGACGCCGCUUCCAGUCUCAUCAACGUUCCAGACGGACUGCCACUGUUCGGCGGUCGACUAUGUGACACUCUUUACGUUCUGGAGAACGGUCUUAUCGUCGCCACUACCCUGAAAGAGACCCAGGACUCCGUGGCCAAAACCAUUUAUCGCCAUCCCACCACUGACGCGGCUGCGUUCGGCGAUCCCGUGUGCGCCGUGUUCGCCCCAUUCUGGGCUGACGCUGUCCUUGGUGGAUCAUAUCCUUCAAAGGUGUGGUAUCAUGCUUACCAGAAGGACUCUGGAAGCGACAACAUGUUUCUUGAGAAAGUCAACGAGGCGGUCAGGAAAAAUGGCGGUUUCAACGCGACUUUUUUCCUACUGGUGACGUAUGAAACCAUGGCGAUGGCGGGUGAGACAGCACGAGAAGACAUGGAGACAAACACAUUCCAGGGCGGUAUAGCAACCGAUGGUAUCCAUACCAUAGCUGUUUCCAUUUAUGAUGACGGCGGCAUGAACUGGGACCCACAGAUCACCGACAGUAAUCUGGUCGAUGGGAAGUGGCCCGCGUUUGUUGGCAUCAUCGUCGAAAGUGCAAACGGCUCGCUCAUCGUGGUCGAGAACGAAAAUUCAAGGAUGAAGACAAAGCAGGAAAACGGCGUGAAAGAUUGCAGCGGCACGAACGUGUACUGUAUGGACAGCAGGGCGGUGGACGGUGUGUGGAUCCGGGCGGACGACAACGCCGACAACUGGGUCAACCCGAGGAAGUGGUGUGCCGAUUGGUACAAUGCUGAACCGGCCGUCAGCACGUUUGCCAGUGCCGUACCCUGCCCACUGACCAAGGCCCAUGCUGACCUCGACACGAGGUUUAAAGCGGCAAGUGACGUCUCCACUGGAGGAAGAGCCUGCUAUGAACAGAACGAUGGUUCUUCUUUCACCGACGGUGGAAACAGCCUUUGCUGCUAUGGAGAAUCUGAUGGUGCCUUCAAGCUGAACAACAAAGAGAUGUCCGGCAACGUUCAUCGAUAUGCCCGGGAUUCUCAGAACUAUCAGGAUUAUGACGUAAAGCCCAGACAGUACUGCUGCCAGGACACAUCCAGCUCCUACUGCAGCAUGUACUUUGAGAAGAGACCAAUGAUGUCAACUGAAGGAUACGAGGCUCCUCAGCAGAGUGCUGGAGCAGGUGAUCCUCAUAUCACUACACUGGACGGCUUCUCCUACUCGUUCAACGGCUACGAUGAGUAUCUCAUGGCAACCAACACUAGUGAUGCCCCACGAGUCUUCCAGAUGCAGGGUAGGACCAAACUGGCGGACGUCGAGCCUGGCAAGGUACCCCUGGCGACAGUAUUCAGUGGUCUUGCCGUAAAGCAGCCCACCAAUGACGUCCAGAUCUAUCUGAACGGUACCGGAACUAGUGUGGACAUCUAUGUAGACAAUACAGCCUACACACAUGCUGGCAUUGAUGAUGGAAGCAACGCUGCCUUUUCUGACGGACGAUUCCAGCUUGUUAAAGAUGCCGGAACGUCUGCUGUGACUGGUGUGAAGGCCAUCUUCACGUCUGGAAUCUCGGUGGAAGUGAAGGCAGGACUCGGCAUGCUCACCUACGCAGUCUCCAUGACCCCUGACAUGAAGAGCAAGCUGAAGGGCCUUCUGGGUAACUUUAAUGGCAACAAUGCGGAUGAAUUUGCCUGGCCUAACGGCACAGCGGUUUCCUUCUCCAACGCAUCCAACCCAUCUGAAGAGGAACUAUUUGAAUGGGGCCAGUCAUGGGCCCUGCGCAGUACGGGUGACACUUCCCUCUUCUCCGUGUAUCCGGACGGAACCAAUGCCGCAACAUAUGGAAACAGUACCUUCACUCCACUGUUCUUCAACCUGGACUCCAUGUUCCCCAACGAGACUGACAAGGCCCGUGCCAUUGAGGUUUGUGGUGGUGCAGAUAAGAAAGAGUGCCUGUUUGACAUCGCGCUGACUGGAAACGAGGAGGUCGGUGCCGCAGCAGCAGCAGCCCUGGACGCUGUAGCCAACAGCAACGCCGCUCUCUCGAACACGCCACCAGUCUUCAAUGUGACGUCAGAGAUCCGUGCUACCGUUGGACAGGAGUACGGCCUGCAGCUGGAGGCUACAGAUGACGGUGCGGUCACCAUCAGCGUCGCACAGGGACCGGGAAGCCUCAACGGCAGUAACUAUUACACAUGGACGCCGUCCGACACGUCCAACUACACCAUCCAGUUCCUCGCCACGGAUGACGUCGGUGCCUCCACAUCCCAGACCCCGGAUAUCACGGUGUGCGCGUGCCAGAACGGCGGCACAUGCAACUUCGAUACCACCCUGACGGCACGUAGCUCUGGGUUUGCCAUCGCCACGUGCAACUGUCAGCUGGGCUUCGUCGGUGACUACUGUGAGACGGACUACAAUGGCUGCUCUGUCACACCUUGCUAUCCAGGUGUAAAUUGUACCGAUGCUGUGGCACCUCUCUCCGGUGGUGCCAAGGAGUACACCUGCGGCAGCUGCCCAGCUGGCAUGGUGGGUGACGGCGAGUCCUGUGUCGAUCUGAACGAGUGCCUCGUAGCGUCCAACGACUCCAACGUGCACCAGUGUAAGAACGCCACCUGCUUCAACGAGGCUCCUGGUUACCGCUGCGAGUGUCUGUCUGGAUACAGCAUAAUGGCUGACAACAGGACAUGCGUCGAUAUUGACGAGUGCUCUACGGGUACCGACAACUGCCAUGUUGAAGCCACCUGUACGAACACGGAGGGUUCUUUCACCUGUGCUUGUAACACUGGAUACAGCGGAGAUGGGACAACAUGCUCAGAUAUUGACGAGUGCCAGACAAACAACGGCGGAUGUGAUCGUAUCUGCUCCAACUCGGCAGGAAGCUACGCGUGCUCCUGUGACGUUGGUUUCAGACUGCAGAACGACAAACACACAUGUGAAGAUAUUGACGAAUGUGCUGGCCCCACCAAUGGCUGCCAACAGUCUUGCACCAACACCGCUGGUGGGUUUGCCUGCACCUGCAAGGAGUACUACGCCCUGGCUUCAGAUGGAAAGAGUUGUGAACCGGCUGUCUCCUGCAGUAACGAUACCAGCUGCACGCAGUUGUGUGCCGUCAUCAACGCUACAGAAGUCUGUGACUGCAACGCCGGGUACAACCUCGAUUCUGAUGGAAUCACGUGCAAUGACUUUGAUGAGUGUGCCAACGCUGCCAACAACUCGUGUGACCCCACUAACGGACAGUGCACCAACCUGCCCGGCACCUUCAACUGCAGCUGCAGCACCGGAUAUCAAAUCGAAGCUGGUGGAGGCACACUCUGUGACGAUAUCGACGAGUGCCAGACGAACACCGGAGGAUGUGCGCAGGUGUGCACCAACCAGGGCGGCUCCUUUAACUGCAGCUGUAACGCUGGCUACCAGCUGAACUCUGAUGGGAGGGCAUGUGACGUAGUGAACGUGACGACAGCAGCACCAGCAACAUGUGCCAGUAUCACCUGCCUGCCUGCCGGUAUAGCGUCCUGUUCAGUGGUGUCCGGACAGCCAACAUGCAGCUGCAGUACUGGUUACGCACUGGAUGUCUCUAACCGGCAGUAUUGCGUCGAUAUUGACGAAUGUUCUACAAGCUGCCAGGACAACAACACCAUCUGUACAAACUCGCAAGGAUCGUACAGCUGUGUGUGCAAGGCAGGGUAUUACAGUAUGGUUGCCCAGGGAGGCAAUGUCACUUGUUCAGUUGGAUACGCUGUACAGCAGUCAGUUAGGAGCAGACUUCCAGGGAACAACUGUUACUGGAUUCAGAAACGGAAGCGUUGUGGCGGACUACGUCAUCAAUCUAGCAUCUAA